AUGUUGCCACUUUCACUUGAAGAUAAUUCCACACUGACUGGCACGGUGGCUGUACUUGAAGAAUUUGGCAAAGAAUUUAGUUUACCUUGUGCGAAAGAUCCUAGAAUUUAUAUAGAGUUUGAUAGAACCAAAAAGGAAUUUGAUAUAAAGACUGCUCGAAAAAGAUACAUUUUCACCAAGUCUCUCGAAGAGCACCGCAACUUAAUGGCACAAAUGGAAAGACAGAUGUUAUUGACUGACAAGGACGAAAUAGAUUAUUUUCCUCUUCAAAGUACAGAGAGAGACCAAUCUAGUGAAAGUGACUCUGACAAAUUAAUUGCUUGUACCAAACAGCCAGAAGCUGACGACGAAUUCAAAGGAUUUUUCAAUAAGCUUGCUGCUGCAGUACAAGAUAUCACAAGCUCAAGUGAUGAAAGCUUACUUGACGGUCUGAUACAAGAAAUUUCAACAUCAAGAAAAAAAUUAGAAUGUACCCUGGAUCAAUAUGGAAGAACUGUAUUACAUGAGGUGGUCGAAAAGCGAAAUCAUGCUCUUGCAAAUAUUUUAAUAUCCAGUGGUAUUAAUCCAAAUUCAAAGGAAGGAUGCGGUGCACUCCAUUAUGUAUUGCUGUGCUAA